UUUGAUUCUCCACAGGGUCCUCCGACAGAUGACUUGCCCACUUCAUCGUUAUCUCCUUCAGCUGACCAUUUAAAUCUAUCCGUUCCUACAGAUAGCUGUUCUACCACUUUUCCUGCCACUAAUAAAUCUCCCCCUUCCGGUAUUUCUUCUACUACAGCGAGCAUUUCUGCAAAUCUUGCUCCUGCUUCCGUAGCAGACUCUCAAGAUCGGUUGAAUAAUCCCAAAAUCGUAUCAACGCCUUCUCAAGCGAUCCAAGCCACGUUAUCAUCGCCCUCGCCUCCACUACCACUUUUGCCACCGUUGCCCCCAACAAUUCACUCGUUACGAACCAAAACACCAGUAUUCCGGCUUAAAUCAAAUCAACGAGAACAUCGAGAAAAUGAGAAAAUGCAUGGAGGUCAAAAGAGACAAGAGGACAAGGCAAAUGUUGAAGAGACUUCAAAUGGACUAAGGCAGAAAGUAGAGUUAGAAGCUCUGGAUUCCAGUGAGGCUUCUUCCCUAACAUGCAAUGGUCUCUUAAUACUGCGUGGCAUCUCAGCUUCUUCAGCCAGAACUUCCAUGAACCGACACAAUGAGGGGGCUUCUCGUCCUUCCUGUCAAGCACAAUCACAGUGA